GUCGCUUUGGGGCAUGCGCACAUUGCGGGUGUAUUGUGGUGGGUCUCGUUGGUAGCUGUAUUUUUGGUUGCCUUAGUUUUAGGUUUCCGGCUGGUUUAGGGAAAGCGAGGGUUCAAGGAGGGAAGAUAGGAUUCCGGCUCCGGGAGUACGGGUCUGAGGGGGAUACAGAGGUUCGGCCUCGGGAAUCCGCAGUCUGAAGCAGGAGAUUGACUUACUCCGGAGGAGCCACCUCGGAGGGUAGUCUAGAAACCCUUCCCGAGGUGACAAACAAGGGCCCUUCCGUCCGAGAGCCCUUUCUGAAGAAGAUGACUCAAGACCGGCCAUCUCUUGCUGUGCAGGAGGCCCUGAAGAAGUGCUUUCCCGUGGUGGAGGAGCAGCAUGGCUUGUGGCAAAGCACGCUGAGGGACUGCCAGCCCCUCCUGGCUUCCCUUAGCAACUUGGCAGAGCAACUGCAAGCGGCUCAGAAUCUGCGAUUUAACGAUGUGCCCUCACUUCGGGCCUUCCCAGACUUGAAGGAGCGGCUGAGGCGCAAGCAGCUGGAGGCUGGUGACACUGCCCUGGACAAGCUAGGGGAGAAGAUAGCCACCCUCCUCAAGGUGCGCGACACAGUCAGUAGCCACGUGGAGCGAGUGUUUCAGGUCUAUGAGCAGCAUGCAGACACAAUUGGCAUUGAUGCUGUCCUGCAGCCUUCAGUUGUGAGUCCCUCUCUGGCUGACAUGUUGGAAUGGUUGCAUGAUAUUGAGAGACAUUAUCGAAAUUCUUACCUGAAGAGAAAGUAUCUCUUCACCUCAAUCCAGUGGGGAAACUUGGCAAACAUCCAAACUUUGCCCAAGGCCUGGGACCGAAUUUCAGAAGAUGAGCACCAAGACCUUGUACAAGAUAUACUGUUGAAUGUUUCCUUCUUCCUGGAAGAGUGAGGAAGCUGUGUGUCUAUCUGGAGAUCACAGUUGAAGACUGACAGUGCUGAACUCUGAUAUUCCUGAAGGAAUGUCAGUAUUGCAACCUAAUAUAUUUGGAAAAUCAAUGCCUAGAAUUGAAGGACUGGCUCUUGGAAGGAUUGGUACUAUGUGUUUCUGAUGUUGGGGCUUCUCCAUGCCAGAUCAUGGCUGAGAGUACAUGGGCCACCCCUUACCCUUUCCUGAGACUCAGAGAAGUAGAUGGAGGCAGAGAAAAAGCACAAAAGACAAUGCUGAAGAAUCCCAGUGCAGAAGCAACAGCAGCAGAAGUGGUGGAGAAGGGAAGGCCGGGAGAUAAACAGUGGGACUGCAGAGUUGGGAUCACCCUUAGCAUCAUCCAGAGCACUGAACCUGGAUGGCACCAGGUCCCGGUUUCAUUCAUCUAUUUGUGUCAAUACCUGACUCCUUGAAGAAAGACAAAGAGGUUUUGGUGAUUUAAAGAAAUAAGGGUGAUGUCGAUAGAAAACAAAUAUUUUUUUACCUAUUGUAGUAGCUCCUUAUUAGGCCAAUUUCAGUUUCCAGAGCUUACCACCAGGGGGAGAUGACACAGCAUGAAUUAUUCUGUAUGCUUUGUUUUUGAAGAGUGUUUGCCUAUUGCUGUUAUUUAUCUGAGAGUAAGUAACUAGGGUCAUAUUACUGAGAAAGAAGGCUUUUCUUUCAGCCUGUGGUUUUAAACUAGGAUAGUGGAACUCCUGAGCUGACAAUUUUUUUUUUUUGCCCAAAGCUGGCAACUGACUUGCCACGUUCCUCUGAGCUUGGAGUAGCUGAGUGGGUGAGAGAAUACCAGCUCAGUCAGGCACUCAGGGUUACAUUUCUGAGGCUCAGUGCUUUCAUCUGUGAAAUGGAUGCCCUGUCAGCUUCCCGAGAUUGUUGUAAAAAUCUGGGUCAUUGGAUGUAAGGGGGCUUAAUAAAGAGUCUAUACAUUUUUCAAAAUGGAAGUGGCCUUGUUUUUUUCUUAUAACAAAAGUGAUAUAUGCAUUUUUGAAAAUUGUAGAAUUAUAGAAAAUGUGGAAAAAUCUUAAAAUGUAGAAAUAUAUAAAACAAACUCAAGCAGAUAUAUUUUGAUAUGUAUCCUUUUAGUAUCUAUUCCAAGCUUUCUUUUUUCAAACAAAUAUGGUAUCAUUGAUAAAUACUGUUAUUUAAAUAAAUUCUUUUAACUUAA